AUGAAGCUUUCAAUCGUAGCGCUAGUGUUGGCGGUCGCCAUGGUCGGAGCAGGACACAUGAGUUUCGAACUGAGAAGCUUCCGCGGGCCAUCGUUUGCUUUGGAGAAAUGGGAGAAUGAUAUGAAACUUUUUAGUUAUAGACCAUUUCUACAUAUCCGUCUUUAUCCUGCAGUUCCUCGGGAAGGCUUUGGUCCAGGCAUGCAGGACUGGGGUUUUGCUGAGGUCCGCCCAGGUGCGCACAUGUUCUGGUGGCUGUACUACACUACCGCCGACGUACCAAAUCAUGCCGAUCGGCCACUCGUGAUCUGGCUACAGGGUGGUCCCGGCGCAUCCUCCAUGUACGGUAACUUUGAGGAACUUGGUCCACAAACACUCGAGCUGGACGAACGCAACCACACCUGGGUGCGGGACUAUAACGUCCUGUUCAUCGAUAAUCCCGUCGGAACCGGCUUCAGCUACGUGGAGGACUUCUCGUUGCUCACCAAAACGAAUGGCGAGAUUGCGGACGAUUUGGUCGAGCUGAUGAAACAAUUCUACACUCUGCAACCGGAGUUCCGUGAUACGCCACUGCACAUCUACGCCGAAAGUUACGGUGGCAAGAUGGCACCCGAGUUUGCGUACGUGUUGGAUAAAGCGAUCAAGAACGGUGAGAUUGAGUGCAAUUUGCAAUCGGUCGGUAUUGUGGCACCGUGGGUUUCGCCCAUCGAUUCGGUGCUGUCGUGGGCCGAGUUUCUGCUCAAUAUGGGUUUCGUAGACACGAAGGGUUACAACGCAAUCCAGGCAGCCGCCAUCGACACGGAACACGUGCUCAACCUGGGCCAAUGGGAAGAGGCGACCAACCUGUGGGGAUACACGGAGAAUGUAAUUCUUCGCGAGACACACGGCAUCGAUUUCUACAACGUGCUCUUUAAGCAGGACUUUGCUGGGACUCGAUCCCAACUGGAGCAGUUCUCACGCGACAUGAGAAGUGCAAUUGCAUCGCGUGCCACCCGCUUAGCGUCGGAAGACCGCGACCAGAUGCUGGAAGAUCUGAUGCGCUUCGAGGUAGCACCCGCCCUCAGCCUGCCGGCCGAAUCGGUCUACGGUGCGCAGAGUGGUCGCGUGUUUAACACACUUGCCGGUGACUUUAUGAAGCCCGCCAUCGAUGUGGUUGAGCUGCUGCUCAACAAUACCAGCCUCGAUGUGGUGAUCAUUACCGGACAGCUGGAUCUGAUCGUAGCCACCCCGGGUAAUGUGCGAUGGAUCGAAAAGAUCCAGUGGAGCGGUCGCAACAGCUAUCUGCAAUCACCACGAAAUGCCGUCGGUCAGCACGGUGUGUUGGAGGGUUACGAGAAGAGUUAUGGCAAGUUGGCUGUCUACUGGGCAUUGAGAGCCGGCCACAUGGUACCCGCCGACAAUCCCGUCCUGAUGGACUACAUUCUACAGAAGCAUGCACCGGUGUAAAAAACAGCC